CGUUGAUAUUACAACUUACCCCUUGAGACCAGCCCAGUCACCCAAAAUAAAACAUCAAUUAGAGUUUAAUUUAAUAACGUUCACUUGGUAUAAUAAAAUAGCUUACGCACCUUUGAGGAUGGCGCACAACCGAAGAUAUUCCAAGGUCGAGGUGGAAGAAGCUUUUAAGAAUAUGCCGACCUUUUGUGGCGACCUGAUUGACCUCACUGACGUACCGGUACUCUUGAAGAGAUUGGACUUUUCCUGCACGGAGGACCAGAUGGCGGGAUAUCUCACCUUUUUGCGGGACUGUCACGGCGGGAAACUUCCCCUGGAGGUGGGGAUUGCUUCCUUGGGGGUCGCGGAUGACGCCAGGGAAGUCAUGCGGGUCCACAUCCACGCCCUGGACAGGGACAGGGAUGGGUUCGUGGACGAGUUCGAGUUCAAGGCUACUGUGCAACUAUGCCUCCUUCAUGACCCGUCCUUGGCAAAGGUGAACUUUAACAAGUUCGUUGAGGAAGCGGAUACAGAUAAGGAUGGCAAAGUGAGCAUUGCAGAGGCAACCGAGUGGUUUUGUGAACACGGACAAAAUUUAAAAAUGUGAAUUAGUUGAAACGGACAUUGUGGGUUGACUUUUUAAAACAAUUUAUUAUCCCAAUAUUUCGACAAUUAACUAUUAUCUUCUUCAGAGGAGAAUGCAGAGAAAUUAAAGAAGUUCAGAUACAUAUAUUUCGCGUUUACGUGUGUAUAUAGCAUGUUUAUUUGGUUCUUAAUAAAUGUGUGAGGGAGGAUAAUAUGUAACGUGCUUCUAUAAAUUUUAAAAAAUGUGGCAGAAAUAUUUAUGUACAUAAAUACCAAAGGCAGCCAUGAAAUUGGCUUUUUCAAAAAUUUAACAAUUUUCUUAUUUCGGAAGAAGUGCACCAUGUAAGAAUCUCGUCAUAACGGGUAAAUGGGAAAUAAAAAAGUGUGGGUAUUCAUUA